AUGUUGCGGUUCUUUGGACUUGUUAUUAUUUUAAUACUUUUUGACACGGUGUUACUAAAAGAUUCGGAUCAAAUGUUAGUAAGGAGUGUCGAUAGUUCGUUCCAGAGAGAAUCGUCAUCCUUUUUCCUGUUCCAUUUGCUGAAACUGAAAAAGAUUCAACAGAUAGAGACGGUUCCAACUGUUCCACCACCCUCGGAUUGCAUCUGCGUACCCUAUUACAUUUGCAGCGCUAAUCUCGCGAUUUCCAAGAUCUAUUCCCUAAUCAGGUACCGGAGGUGCACAGGGGAUCUAGAAGUAUGCUGUCGAAUACCGAACAUCACAACUACAACAACAACUAUGCGAACAACGACAACUACAAAAGCAACAACAACUACAAAAGCAACGACAACGACCCCGAAGCCUACCACGACUACCUCGACUCUUCCGCCAGUUGUGUUUCCCUCGACAGCGACUCCGACUACCCAAGUUUGCGUCUGUGUGCUGCUAUCGCAAUGCGAUCCGAAUGGAAUUGUCGGAACAUACGGGGAAGGUAUCAUCAACCCCCGUUUACAGGGUGUUCAGUGUCCCAGUAGCAAUCAAGUAUGCUGCAGACCAAACAGUGUAAUUCAGUACACUAAUCCUACGUCACAAACCUGUGUAUUGUGCGGCAACACGAUCCAGUGCAACAACGGGAUCGUUAUACCUGUGAAUCCUUUGCUGACUUCUGGUCAGUGUCCAGUGCCUACCUCCUGUUGUCAGGGGGUGAAUCCAACGUACGGGAACGGGAUCCAAGUGGUGCUCGGUCCCGUUAAGUACUCGGGCACCCCUCAAGCAUGUUACUGCAUGAUGAGUUGGCUAUGUUCGCCAGGGAAUACGGUCACCGUAGUCGGGACAGGGAUAAUCGACCCCAGGUUUUCUGCAUGUGGAUCCGCGGACCAAGUUUGUUGUCGUGCCAACGUAUUGAGCGGCCAAAGGGCCAUCGAACUACAAGGACGGGGAGAAAGUGUCGUAAACGGAGAAUCAUCGUUUUCUCGAGUGGGGUGCGGUGUCCAGAACAAGACAUACGCGCCAGGUAGCGGGUGAAGCGUUUACU